AUGGGUCCUCGCGGAAAGAAUGCUGCCAUCGAAAAGGCUGCUGAGAGGGCAGGAAUAUAUGAUGACGACAAGGCAAGGCGCAACAUUGGACUGCCAGCGGCCGCGGCUUACGUGGCUGCGGCCAGCGCCACCCCCCAAAAGGAUCAAAUGUACAACUUUUUAGAUACGGGCGCCGAAUAUUACUUGAACCUCUUACUGAUGCGCGUUCACCGCUACCCGUCUGAAUAA